UCGAUCCGUUUGGAGUCUGGACCCAGCUGCAACUUAUAUAUAAGGUAUAUGGAGUCCUUCAGGAGCUAUAGCGGUGGUUACUGAGCACGCACUGCAUGUAAGAGGCCGAAAGCAGCAGCAGCAGCAGCUUAUAUUAGAGUUCAUUCAGGUUAGUCAUCAGAGGUGUGCUUGGUAGCCAUCGUUCUGGAACUGGAAGACAGGAAUUAGGAAGAGACAGAGAUCAAUGGCAGCGCAAGGUGCAGGAGCAUCAGCUUCUACUCUGUCCGGCUUCCACAUGGCGCUGCCGCUGCCGCUGCUCCUCCUCCUCACUAUCUUGGCUUCCAUGCUCGCAAGGGCGGCGUCGGUGGGCGUGUGCUACGGCACGAGCGGCGACAACCUGCCGCCGGCGAGCGCGGUGGUGGGCAUGCUCCGGGAGAACGGCUUCACGGUGGUGCGUCUCUACUGGCCCGACGGCGAGGCGCUGGCGGCGCUGGGCGGGAGCGGCAUCAAGGUGGUGGUGGGCGCGCCCAACGAGGUCCUGACCACGCUGGCGUCCAGCGCGUCCGCCGCGGCGGCGUGGGUCCGCGACAACAUCCAGGCGCACCCGACGGUGUCCUUCCGCUACGUGGUGGUGGGCAACGAGGUCCCCGUGGGGCAGACGCAGUUCCUUGUCCCGGCCAUGGAGAACGUGCACGCGGCGCUGGCCGCCGCCGGGCUGGGCCACGUGAAGGUGACGACGGCCAUCUCGCAGGGCACCAUCGCCGUGCACCUGCCGCCGUCGGCGGGCGUGUUCACGGAGGAGGCGCUGUCGUUCAUGAGCUACGUGGUGGCGUUCCUGGCGCGGACACGCGCGCCGCUGCUGGCGAACCUGUACCCGUACUUCGUCUACACGCUAGCUCUGGGCCACAUGAGCAUGGACUUCCCGCUGUUCACGGCGCCGGAGACGGUGGUGCAGGACGGGGAGUACGGGUACCAGAACCUGUUCGACGCGACGGUGGACGCGCUGUACGCGGCGGUGGGGAGGCUCGGCGUCCCCGGGGGUGAGCGCGUGAGGGUGGUGGUGUCGGAGACCGGGUGGCCGACGGCGGGCGGCGCGGCGGCGUCGGUGGAGAACGCGAGGACGUACAACCAGAACCUGGUGACGCACGUGUGGAAGGGCACGCCGCGGCGGCCAAGGAGGGUGGAGGCCUACGUGUUCGCCAUGUUCAACGAGGACCAGAAGGAGGCCGGCGUGGAGCAGAACUGGGGGCUCUUCUACCCAAACAUGGAGAGGGUUUACCCCAUCACCUUCGGAGCCUGACGAUAUAGCAUGCAGCAGCUUCGUCCACGGUCCAUCCAUGGACGACCAUUGCAUUGCAUUGCAUGGCAUGGAUUCAAUUGAGUUGUGUGUGUGCAUUUGCGUGUAUACAGCGUCUGAUGUACAGCAGAGGAUGAGGAAUUGUUGCGACCGCUGAGCGUUUGUUUGCUCCGACGUGUACGCGGGGAUCGGAGGGGUCGAUACUUGGAUGAGCAGCUGGGUGUAUGUAUACGUACGCCAUGCGUAGCGUAGCAGUAUACACAAAGGCGUGUACAUCCCGUGGCUCUUGUGAGUUGUGAGCUACUUGUGAUGAUGGGAUUUGCAGACGUGGCACAUUUCUUAGAAAAAGUUCUUUUUCA